GGCCAGGCCGGCACCCGCCGCCCGCGGUCCCGGCUGGCGCUGAGGGGCAUGGGGGUGCGGGCGCGGCUGCUGCGGGCCGUCAUCAUGGGCCCGCCGGGCUCCGGCAAGGGCACCGUGUCGUCCCGCAUAGUCAAGCACUUCGCCCUCAAGCAUCUCUCCAGCGGGGACCUGCUCCGCGACAACAUGCAGCGCCACACAGAGGUUGGUGUUGUUGCCAAGACCUACAUUGAUCGAGGACAGCUUAUUCCAGAUGACAUCAUGACACAGCUGGUGCUGAGAGAGCUGAAAAACUUGGAGCAGUAUAGCUGGUUGCUGGAUGGCUUUCCUAGAACGGUCCCACAGGCAGAAGCUCUGGAUAAGACAUGUCGGAUAGACACUGUGAUUGAUCUAGAUGUUCCAUUUGAGACGAUUAAACAACGACUCACUGCACGAUGGAUCCAUCCUACUAGCGGUAGAGUCUACAACCUCGAAUUCAAUCCUCCGAAAAUCCAUAUGCUGAUCUGUGGCUUUCAAGCUGUCUGCUGUACAGUAAUUGGUACUGAUGAUGUUACUGGAGAGCCACUUGCACAGCGUGAUGAUGAUAAGCCAGAGACAGUUACCAAGAGACUGCAGUCUUAUGAGGCACAAACAAAGCCAGUUCUGGAUUAUUAUCGGAAAAAAGGUGUUUUGAAAUCUUUCUCUGGAACAGAAACCAACAAAAUCUGGCCACAUGUCCAUGCUUUUCUCCAAACCAAGUUGCCAGAUGUGAGCCAGAAUGAAGCUGCUAUGCAGAGAUGAAGUUGGUUUAAUCUUUUGACGAUAAGAAGAUAGCUGCUGUCGCACACAUUUUAGGAGCAAUUCCCUCUACAGUAGUAAAAGUUUACAAAGAUGAUGUUUUCUCAUUUCUGCUAAGUGAUGUUCCAAAUUGAUCAAUAAGUAAGAUCUAAUCCAUCAUUCUCAUUUUUGUGUAAUACUUUUUUGCACUUACCUUUGUAUUCUCAUUUUAAUGAUGUACUUUUAUAUCAAAUGUACCUAAUUUUGUAAAAUAGUAAUCAUGAUUUAAAGAAAAACAACGGACUUCUCAUAUCUUUGUAUAAAAUACAGUUAUUAAGAGUAGAUGUGUUCAAGUGACACGAUGUCAUAGGAAUCAACCGUUGCUGUCUACCAAUAAACUUUCAGCAAAUAUAAGUGAACAGUUUUAUAUACUGUAGUUGGUGGCUUCUGUUCAAGAAAUGGCUGAGAUUUAUCAAAUAAUUGAAUGCCCCUCCUCUGAACUGGAUCAAUACAAGAUGGAAGCCACUUAUUAAUGACAUCUCCAAAUAUUAGAAGGUGCUCCUACUGAUACAGAAUUGCACUUUUCUGCUUCCUUAGCCUAACUUUUGUAGUUAAUGGGAAGAAAUAAGUUUAUGAUGAUGGGUGAGGAGUCUAUACCUCAGUUGCUUGUACAGCCACAGUGUUCAUAGCCACUCUGGGCUACAUUGCCAAAAGUCCAUUUAGAAAGCAACACAACUCAGUCUCUCUUAACAUCUUACAAUUAAGAGGGGAAAAACCUUGAUAGCUGUAUUACUUAAAGAUGGGGUUUAGGAACUACACUGGACAGCAAGUCAGCCAAUUUUAUUAGUCAUGAAUUUGUAAAUCAAGAAAGCAGAAGACAGAGACCAAUGGAACCUUGGCUUCAUUCACAGCUUACAGUAAUUAAGAGAGUUCCCCCAGAAGGCUUUAGCUCCCUCCUUGUCAAAUGGACAAGUGCAAGAGAGUUCCUAUAAGACUGAAUUGCAAGGACAGACAAGUUCAAUACUAUAGCUAUAAACUGUUAAAGUAGUUGAGGGUCAGGGUGCAGGGAUGAGGAAUACAAAUGCAGAAUUAAUUUGGAGGGGAGGAUUUGAGUUUCUACAACUAUAAGCAAAGGGAUCCAAUUGACAAUAUGCAUCUUGAGAAGUACGAGCAAAAUCUGAACCUCUUCCAUAAAAUAGCUUCCUAUUCCACAUAAUAAAGCCCUGCUGGUCAGGACACUAACUAAGCACAGCACUAAGAAUUAGACAAGAAAAAGGACUCAUCUUCCUUCUUUUUCUUAAAUUCAUAAAAAGCAACUUGGGGGGAAAAACCGCCACAAAUCUUGACACUGAUGCUAGGUACAGACAUUCAAAAAGCCCAAGGUGGAAUCAGUCUAAGUUAUGUGGUUUUCUGUAAGCAGCAUAGUUCAGAUCAAUACUGAACAGAACACUUAUUCACUCUGUGGUGGGGGGCAAAUCAGACCUGGUUCUGCCAUUUUUAAACUGGUCCACGUAUGCCAAACUUCUGUUUUGUUACAGCUAUAGACUGGUUUCCAAUCACUUAUACUGGUAAAAGUGUGAUGUCUGUACUUGGCCUAAGCAUCCAAGCAGUAAGUUUGAAGACGUUAAAAUUGUCACACAAUAAAAUUGUGUUUUGUUACAACAAAUGA